AUGGCAUCCCCGAUGGAGCGUCUCAUCACCAGCCUGACUAAAGGCGCCUCCGUGGAGACAAUAUGGACCAACAUUACCGGCUCCUUUUCCCCGGCGGUCAUUGAAUUCUUCGGCACCCUCAGCGUCCAGCUUGUCACCUUCUGGCUCCCAUCACUCUUCUUCUUGUCCCUGGACAUCUGGGCGCCGUCCUUCUCUAACCGACACAAGCUCCAGCCCAUCCCCAAGCAACCGACGAGCAAGGAAAUCAAAUCCUGCGUUCUCCUCGUCCUGCGGAACCAAAUCAUCAAUUCCAUCCUGCACAUCAUCCUCAUCUUCAUCUCUCCGCAACGCCCCUACCGAAUCGAACCCUCACUCCCUACUCUCCCCGAAAUCGCCCGGGAUUUUAUCAUCUCCCUCCUGAUCCGCGAAGCCCUAUUCUACUACAGCCACCGGCUCCUCCACCACCGCAUCUUCUACGCACGAAUCCACAAGCUUCACCACCGUUUCACCGCGCCAGUCGCACUCGCAGCCCAAUACGCGCAUCCGAUCGAACACAUCGUCGCGAAUGUCUUGCCCAUAACACUCCCACCGGCGCUACUAAGGAGCCACAUCUUGACCUUCUGGACGUUCCUUGCCUACGAGCUGUCCAAUACAGCACUUGUCCACAGUGGAUAUGAUUUCUUCAGCGGGAUAGCCAAGAUGCAUGAUUUGCAUCAUGAGAAAUUCAAUUUGAAUUAUGGGUCAAUUGGAUUACUAGAUUGGUUUCAUGGCACGGAUAAACUGCACAAGCGCACUGCGUAGUGAAUGAUUGACAUUAUUUACAUGUAUAUAUGAGUCAAUAUGCGAAGAAUAUAUGAGGAGCAGAGAGCUAUUGGGGUAGGGGGAAGUCUUCACAGGUCCAGAACUUGGUGAAAAGUUAACUGGAUAGUUAACUUAUAGCUAGAGCGCAGCGCGGAAAUACUC